AUGGUUGGUACCUGGGCGGCCUACAGCGAACACAGCAGUUUUGCUGAACUAAGGGAUUUCGUUACCACUCUGCGGCCUCUCAAAGUCCAGCAGACUGUUUUCGGAGGUGCUGCUAAGGAGGCCAAGGAGCACAUAAAUUCAUGGCUUUCCGGAACGCCAGAGCUCCCUUUCUUCGUCCUCGUAAUUCCCAAACGACGACGACGACGACGACGGCUAACCCCGGCUGCAUCAGUGAUGCCAUCACCACUGCCGUCGACACGAUCCGUCACAUCUGAAGUGGUGCACUGCCUUAUCGGCAUCUUCGAAGAGGAUAACAAGAACUGCGGUUGA